AUGCUUAUACAAGAGAGCCACGUCGACGUGCCGACGAAACAUGGCGGAGAUAUGCGCAUCUUUCUCUUCCAUCCUUCCAUCCCGAACUACCCCAAAGCCAAGUUUCCCGGUGUUGUAGUCUUUAGUGAAAUCUAUCAAGUGACCGGCCCAGUACAGCGCUUUGCUCGACAGAUUGCUGGACAUGGAUACAUUGUUGCAGCUCCCAGUAGCUACCACGAGUUUAUGGGGCCGGAGGCACUCGCAUACGAUGGCCCUGGCACGGACAAAGGAAACGCCUGGAAGGUCGAGAAGAAGGUCUCUGCCUACGAUGAGGAUGCCACUUUGAGUAUUGAUUGCCUCGUCGGCCUGGAAACUUGCAACGGACGCAUUGGGGCGACAGGUAUGUGCCUCGGCGGCCACCUCGCGUAUCGCUGUGCUCUGGACAAACGAAUCCGUGCGGCCGUAUGCUACUUCGCCACCGACAUCCACUCGCACAGCCUUGGCGAAGGCAAAUCAGACGACAGCCUGCAACGCGCCAAAGACAUCAAAGGCGAGCUGGUGAUGAUCUUCGGGAAACGGGACAACCACGUCCCACCGGAAGGUCGAGAUCUGAUUCGCAAAACGCUGCACGAGGCUGGAGUGACGUUCAGCUUUUACGAGGUGGCUUGGGCGCAGCAUGCUUUCAUCCGGGACGAGCUUUCGAAAGGCCGAUAUGAUCCUGCCAUCGCGGGAAUUUGCUUCCAGAUGUUGCUGGAAGUGUUUAGGCGGACUUUGAACGGCGACCUGGGACCUCGAGAGGGAGGAGACGGCGAGGUUGAAGAUGUUUGUUGA